GCUUCACUGCAGUGACAGAGCUAUCAUAGACUCCAAAGCUCUAGAAUACUACAGACACUGUGAACAGCUCAAAGGAUCACAUCUCAUCGUCUCUCACCAUGUGCAGAGGACUGGAAUCGCUGCCUACCACAUGUCUGGAGAGGGCAAAGGAACUCAAAGCUCUCUUUGGAGGUUUUCUACAGAAGCCAGAUCUGAGCAUCAUCGGUCACUCACACAAAACUGACAAACUAAGGUUAAAUAAGAGCGAACCAUUAAAAUGGAAGGAGUCGUUUGAGAACCUGCUGUCCAACCAAAAUGGACUGUGCUUGUUCCGUGCUUUCCUGGUGUCGGAGUUUAGCGAGGAGAACAUAGCUUUCUACCUGGCCUGUGAAGACUACAGGAUAACCAAGCCCUCCUCAAAGCUAUCAGCUACAGCUAAGAAGAUCUAUGAGGAGUUUGUCUGCAGUGACGCACCAAGAGAGGUCAACCUCGACCAUGAGACCAAAGCCAUCACCAAGAAGAAUCUGGAACACCCCAGCCAGUCCUGUUUCAGCCUGGCCCAGGAGAAGAUCUAUGCCCUGAUGGAGAAAGACUGCUACCCUCGCUUCCUCAAGUCCACCACCUACCUGGAGAUCAGUCGGCAGGUCAAAUCCGGUUAAGAGCAGUUAUGGCUUGUUAAGACUGGUUAAGGCUGGUUGAUGCUUGUUAAGACUGGUUAAGGCCAAACUGCAGGUGGUGAAUGAGACACAAGGAAGAAGUCCAUGGGAGACAUGCUGAAAAGGACACACUGGAAACCAGGUGGUCUCACUAGGGUCCUCCUCAGUGGAGGAAGGGUCCUGUGCUGCUGGGUCAGAAGUAUGGAGGGGGGGACUGAAGAUGUAUACUAGAUUGAACUGGAAGUCAGUCGGAAGUUGAGACUGGAAAUCUUGUCUGUGGCCUGAAGGCCGCUCACUGUGAAGAUUGAAGUAUCGAAGUCUGUAAAAGAGGUCUGUGAAGAUUGAGGUAUCGAAGUCUGUAAAAGGUGAACAUGUGUCUUGAGGUCAAAGACACAUCAAGAAGUUGAUGUUCAUGGCGUUUGAGCAGAAAGAAGAAUGUGAUGGAAAAGGACUGCUUUGCACAAUCACUGAGAAUCUGUUAUAGUUUUGUAUUGUCUGAUGCCUGUCUAUUUAUUAGCAGUAAUUCUGUUAUAGAUAUGUUAUUGAAAUGUUUGUACUGUAGAGUGCACUGUACAGCACUGUCCUGUACCAUUCCACAACAUUUUUUAUAUUUAUGUGUACUUUUUUUUAUACCCAGAACUCCUUAUGUGAGAGGAAAUUAUUUGAAUAAAAUCGGAACUAUA